ACGUUAACACAUUAUUUCGUUUCAGAUUAACAGACGGGCGUAGGGGGUCGCCAUUGCAACGACGUCGCAAGUGGUCAUGCUAACGCAGAACGUCCUCAAAACAGCAACCGGAGGUAAAAAUACCGCCGAGUUUCACAUAAACGACGUUAUCUUUCCCGAAGCGACUCCUUCAACGCAGGAUACGUAUAAUUUUCCGACGCUAUGGAGCGACGCGUUGUCACCGGAAGAAUUUUUGGAGAUAAAUUGCACCCUAUUCAACGGAACAUGUAUCGGCUUGCUGAACAAUACUCAAAUAAAUGGAACGUCGAACGGCACCCUUCUGGAAGCAACAGGAGAACCCCUGACGGAUAUUAUCUUAAUGGGGAUUUUAUCUGUACUUCUUGGUCUUAUGAUUCUCGUUACAGUUAUAGAGCAAUAA